CCUGCCCGGUGCCUCUACAUGUCAUUCUACUUGGAGAGACUGCUGUGACUUCAUGUGAUGUCAGCAAAGUGUAAAAAGACACCGAAUCCCACGCUGCUGAAGAAGCUUUGCUCGGAAAAUGUGACAGGGUGUGAGCAGUGCAGCCCCUCUCCAUGCUCCUGCUAGAGAGAAGAGCCGUGUGACUUCCAGUCCAGAAGAGCAAGAAGUCACCAGCCAUGGCCAGCUCGGCUACCCUGGAGCCAGUCAUGCCCACCUGCCAAUGGCUAGAAGGGAGGACCGGGGCGUCCAGCACCCCCAAGACCCUGGCCUUCUCCAUAGAGAGGAUCAUGGCCAAGUCCUCGGAGCCCAGACCUGCCUUCUUCGAGCAGAGCCGGGCGCUGGCGGACGCAGCCGACGCCAAGAAGCUGCUGAACCUGUGCUCCCCCAUCCCAUGCAUGAUCCCGGUGCAGUCCCUGGGCUACGACGUCCAUUCCAAGACCCUGCUGAACUACUCCGAGAUCUGGAAGAGCACUUUGAGGGCUCCUGUGUGCGGCUCCCCCGGCUUGUGCAAGCCCAACUGUGCCAUGUGCUGCAAAAGCGACUUGAACCUGCAUGGGCACUCGGUGGUGCCAAGCAGCAGGGUGAUCAAACCUCAGGUGAUCAACCAGACGGUGGGCAUGCCAGGGACUAACGCCCCCCUCUACUACUUCAACUACCUGGACUCUACCUACAGCCCCUCUGACCUCCUGAGCGGACAGUUCAUCCCUUCCAGCGUUCUAAACGCUCAGUCCCAGGCGUCGCUCAGCGCUCACCACAAACUCUACCUGCUGGAAAACGCCAAACUCUCCGGACUGUCCCCAGAAAAGUUCCCCAUUGCCCAGUACCCGCACAAGGAGAGGCUGCCCGGGCAGCUGGACCAGGUGAUGAAGGAGAACACGGCGCUGGCUGUGGACAGGAACCCUAAAAGCCACACCAAACUUGGUGCCAACCCUUUAGAUGGCAAGCCCAAAAUCUUCACCUGUGAAGUGUGUGGCAAGGUCUUUAACGCCCAUUACAACCUCACCAGGCAUAUGCCAGUACACACCGGGGCCAGGCCGUUCGUGUGCAAAGUUUGUGGCAAGGGAUUCAGACAGGCCAGCACCCUGUCGUUCGUGUGCGAAUUCUGCGGCAAGGGAUUUCACCAAAAAGGGAAUUACAAAAAUCACAAGCUGACCCACAGCGGAGAAAAGCAAUACAAAUGCACCAUCUGCAACAAGGCUUUUCAUCAGAUCUACAAUUUAACGUUUCACAUGCACACGCACAAUGACAAGAAACCUUUCACUUGUGGGACCUGUGGAAAGGGGUUCUGUAGGAAUUUUGACUUAAAGAAACACGUGAGAAAACUUCAUGACAAUGUUUCCACAGCUUGCUCUCUGAAAGACAUGUCCAGGACUGCGGUUCAGAGCUAAAGAACUAUAAAA